AAAGAAACAAAAAUUAAGAAUUGAAAUCAAAAAUGUGGUCGAUUGUUCCUCCACAAGACAGUGGGACGAACAAGAAGAGGGGCAGUUGCAGGAGCUAAGAUAAAUUCAGAUGUAAUGCCAGAAAAAUUCUACAAAUCCCCGGAUGUUAUUCAGUUUCUAUUCGAGUCUCUACAAAACAACGAGCUCUUACAACAUCUCAGUGAAAAUCAAAUGUUUGAAAUGAUUAAUUACAUGAAACCAAAAGGAUUUCCACAAAAUGACACCGUAAUGAAAGAAGGGACAUCGGGAGAUCGUUUCUAUGUACUUCACAGUGGAGAGUGUGAAGUCAUUAAGGGAGAUAAGCGCGUAGCCAUUUUAUCAAAAGGGAACGUUUUUGGUGAAUUGGCGAUAUUAUACAACUGUAAACGAACAGCAACCAUCGCAACUCUCAGACCGGUCAAAGUCUGGUAUAUUGAAAGAGAUAUUUAUCAUCAUGUCAUGGUAAAGGUUGGAAAAUCAAAAAUUACAGAAUUAAAAAAACUCGUCAAAGAUACACCAUUGAAACACCUUAGUCCUCGAAAGUUUGCAAAAAUUGCUGAUGCUGUGAAUGAAGAAGAAUUUCAAAAAGGAACCUAUAUUAUACGACAAGGCGAAAUUGGAAAAACAUUUUACAUCGUGAAAGAGGGCGAAGUUAGCGUUACUCAAAUUAAAAAUGGUUCAGCAUUACGUGAAGAGGUACUCAUACGAACUUUAAAAAAAGGAAGCUUUUUUGGAGAAAAAGCACUUCAACGAGAUGGGGACAAACGAACGGCGAACAUUAUUGCUUUAUCGGAGAAAGUGGUAUGCCUCACUUUGGACAAAAAGUACUUUGUGCAUUUAAUUGGUGAUGCAGCUUAUACACUGUGGAAAGUCGGUCGACCAUCAUUUUCUGAACGCCUUGAUAUACCCGUUAAUCAAUCCCAUAGAUUCUCCUCCUCUUCUGUGACGCCAUUUUCAACAAAUUCAUCUCCUAUGGAGGUACGAAAAUCAAGACGAAAAACAUUUGAACCUUUGAGCAUUAAAGAUCUUCAUUCUAUCAAAGUAUUAGGACAAGGUUCAUUUGGAAGAGUGGAAUUAGUUCGAAUAUAUCAAGAUAAGAAAACUACCUAUGCACUUAAAAGCCUAAGGAAGGCUCAUAUUGUAGAGAAUGACGAACAAGAGCAUGUUUACUCUGAGAAGAAUAUUUUACUCAAAUGCCACUGCCCGUUCAUAGUUGAACUUUAUAGGACUUUUAAAAACAGCAAGUACGUUUACAUGUUGAUGGAAGCUUGUCUUGGAGGAGAAUUAUGGACGAGAUUACGCGAAGAAAAACAAUUUUCUGAUUCCAGAUCUAAAUUCUACACGGCAUGCGUAGUUGAAGCAUUGGAUUAUAUACACCAAAGAAACAUAGCACAUCGAGAUAUAAAACCAGAAAAUUUACUUUUGGAUAGUAAUGGUUAUGUCAAACUCGUCGAUUUUGGAUACGCUAAAACUAUUGAACUUGGUGAACGAACAUGGACUUUCUGUGGAACUCCUCAAUAUAUUGCACCAGAAGUAGUUUGGAAUCAGGGUCAUGACACGGCAGCGGAUCUUUGGGCUCUUGGAAUACUGACUUUUGAAUUGUUAACCGGCGUCCCUCCAUUUAAUUCAAACUCGGAGUCAAAAAUCUACGUAAAGGCAUCGAAGGGAAUCGGAGCAGUUGAAUUUCCGAACUACGUAAAAUCUCCAGCAAAAGAUAUUAUUCGACGUUUAUGCAGAGAUAAACCUUCGCACAGGCUUGGAAAUAUGAAAAACGGUAUUAAUGACAUCCGGGAGCACAAAUGGUUCACAGGUUUCGAUUGGACUGGACUCCAGACGAGACAGCUUAGAGCUGAAUACGUUCCCGAAGUGAAAGACUCUCAUGACACUCAACAUUUUGAUAAUUUUGAAUUUACUAGAGCUGAUAGUGCUCAAAGUGAACACUCAGGCUGGGACAAAGACUUCUAAUUCAAUUUUGCUUUCUGAGUUAUGAAAAUUUGAGUUAUGACAUCGACAUAGUCGAUAUAUUCGUUGUAUUCAAGUUAAUUAUUAGGGACAAUUUUUUGCUAUCUACUGAUCUAUUACUUUUUAUUUUGUAUUUAUUUAUACACGUUUUAUAGGUGAUAUUUAUAAGACUUUUUUAAACGUGUAUUUAUCUGGCUAUAUUUAUGUCUUGGUCAUAAAGUUGCUCACGAAAAAUUGAAAUCACUCUUUAAAAAGAUUAAGAUGAACGAUAACACCAGUUGAAUUGUUAAAAAAGGUAGUUGCUGUUAUAAAACCCUGAAACAUUAAAAUCACAGCCUCACAAUAUCAAAUAGCUUUUUGUGGCAUGGAAAAAUAAUGUUAUCACCUCUAUUUUCUCCCAGUUCCCUACGAUGUUAUUUCAGAAACAUAGUACUUGUUUUUAUUUUUAGCAACAAGAAUAAUCAGUUCCAGAAUGCCAAGGCUAAUACAGGCUAUUCAUAUUUUCACUAAUUUUACACAAAAAAGCAGUGAGUUUACUGUUAAUUCCUAACAAUUACGCACAUUUAGUUUAAUUUAUAUUAUAUUAUAGAAUCAUCGUUCCGAUUAGUCUUUUCGACUUAUUUUGUUUUUCCUCAUUUUCGUUUGGUUUCAUUUGCUGCAGAGUAAAUAUAUUCUUAGUUUAUUAAUAUUUAAAACUUUUGUGCAAUAUAUUAUAAUUCAUAUUUUUGAAUAAUAUAGAUAGAUGGCGUGAAAUUUAAUCAAAUAAUUCCAACGUUGUUUUAGUUCUAAUCUAGUUUGUAGUAUUUUUAAAAUAAUUUUAAUUAAUAGCACGUGCUAAUACGAUAAAUACAACAAAUAUAAUACAAACGAAGUGGGCCAACC